CAAACAAACGUAUUUGAAAUUUGGCACGUUAAAAGUGUAAUGUAAGGCCAAAGCCAAUGAGUGAAUAGUGACCGGUCUCUGUUGUCGAAGAGAAGUUAAAUUGGAAGUGUUCAUUCUACUUCGUCUAAUUGGAUAACUGGUUGAUACUUUCUUCAAACAUGCCUGAGCGAAUAGCCACUUGUAGUGGCGGAAUGCCUUUACCAGGUGAAAGUCCAACUCCACAACAACGAAGGGCACCGAACAUUAGUUCCCUGUUUCGCUCUCAGUCAAUUAAUUCUUUACGCCCAACUGAGGUGGAAGAGUCUCGACGAGACAGCUCAAAAAUAGCAAGUAGCCGGAAGCUAUCAUCUGACAGAACUCCUGUUACUCACUUUUGUACCCCAAAGAGGAGAAGCAGCAAUCAAAGCAUGGUAGUGAGUCGCAACAGCAUGGGCACGGCUCGCCGUGGCCUGGAUUCCUCUCACCUCAAUUCAAGAGCUUCAACUCCACUUGCUGUGCCCCUCCAGCGGCAUAGAAGUGAAGCAAGUCUUCUACCUCCUCCCAGCACGCCCAAUGGCAAGUCCCACAAUGGAGUGCCAAUGGCAACGCCAGAGUGCUACAGUCGAGUACGCCUCGAAACGCCAACCCCCAGAAGACGCCUGGCUAAUGACACAUCCGGUAUGUGUGAAGAAUCAAGCAAUCUAACUGUGGGUGUUAGAGUGAGACCCCUCAGCCAACGAGAGCAGAACGACAAUGCAGUUAGCAAUGUGGUGUAUGUGGGUGGCAAUGAAAUCCAAGUAACUUGUGAUACUGGAGCUGGAACAACACACAGAUUCACUUAUGAUCACUGUUUUGCCUCUGGCGAUCCUGACUUGCCAAAUUAUGCUUCUCAAGAGACUAUAUUCUCUGCAAUGGUCUUACCCCUUAUUGACAAAUCAUUUCAAGGAUACAAUGCCUGUCUCUUUGCAUAUGGUCAAACAGGGUCUGGCAAAAGUUACAGCAUGAUGGGUCUUGACACCGACUGUAAAAAUGGCUCCAUGGGUCAGGAUGCUGGUAUAAUACCAAGAUUUUGCCAUGAGGUGUUCCAGCGCAUCAAGUCCUUAGACGACUCCCGUGUUACAACCAGAGCAGAGAUUAGUUACUUUGAAAUCUACAAUGAAAAAAUUCAUGACCUACUUGGAGGAGCCACUGUAGGAGCAGUUGGAAAUAAUGCUGGUGCAGAUGCUAGUGUCCGCAGACCUCCACUGAAAGUCAGAGAGCACCCUCAAGAUGGUCCUUACGUUGUUGAUCUAUCUGUUCAUGGUGUAGAAUCCUAUUCGGACAUUCAGAGCUGGUUAACUGUAGGCAACAGUCAAAGAGCUACCGCGGCUACUGGCAUGAAUGAGAAGAGUUCACGUUCCCAUUCAAUUUUCAGUGUUAUUCUUACCCAGACCCAUCCACAUGGUGAUGUUGAGCUUAGCCGUCGAAGCAAAAUAAAUCUUGUCGAUUUAGCUGGUAGUGAGCGAUGCUCUCAAACAUGUGCUAGUGGUGACAGAUUAAGGGAAGGAGUAAGCAUCAACCGUUCUCUGCUAACGCUUGGUAAAGUCAUUGCUGCUCUGGCUGAAAAUGCAGCUGGGCGUCGCAAAGGAUACGUGCCUUACCGUGAUUCAGUGCUUACUUGGCUUCUCAGGGAGAGCCUGGGCGGCAACUCGAGCACCACGAUGUUGGCGACGGUGAGCCCCUGCAGCUCGCACCUGGAGGAGACGCUGGCGACGCUGCGGUACGCGUGCCAGGCCAGGACCAUCGUCAACAUGGUGCGCGUCAACGAGGACCCCAGCCACCGCCGCAUCCGGCAGCUGUUGGCGGAGAUCGCGACGCUGCGCGAGGUCCACGAGGACCUGGAGCGCCAGCAGCGCCUGUCCAACCCCGGACGCCGCACGCAGUCGCCCGCCGCGGGGCUCGGGGCGCAAGGGACGCCCCAGGACCCGGCCGCGGUCCAGGAGCUCCGCGAGAAGCUGCGCCAGACCGAGGAGCAGCUGGCCAUGGCGCAGAAGUCGUGGUCGGAGCGCCUCCGGGAAGCUGAGCGGUGCAAGAACGCGGAGGUGAACCUGCUGCGGCGGCGCGGCGUGGCUCUCGCCCUCGACGGCCGCCAGCUGAGCGAGCAGCCCUGCCCGUUCCUCGUGAACCUGACGCCCGACCCCAGCCUGUCCGGCGCGCUGCUCUACCUCCUGCCGCCGGGCCCCGUCCGCGUCGGCCGCGUGGACAGCAGCCAGGGCGCGGCGAGCCCCUGCACGCCGGGGCGCAGCCCCAUGCCCGGUGCAGCCAGCACCCCCAGCGGCCUGGGGGGCCUCGGCCUCAACGGCAGCGUCGGCGCCAGCCCCGUCCUUGGACGCAGCCCCACCAAGACGCCCGGCCGGUCGCCGCCCCUAGCGCCGCACAUCCAGCUGGAGGGGCCGCUCGUGCAGCGGCACCACUGCACAAUUGAAAAUCGUCAGGGUCGACUGACGUUGGAGCCUGGACGAGAAGGACUGACUUUCGUGAACGGGCGUGCUGUGACUGGCAGGACCAUGCUCCACAAUGGAGACCGCCUUGUUCUGGGAGGCAAUCACUACUUCAGGGUCAGCAAUCCGCACGACAAAUCCAAUCCAGCAGAACCUCCUGCUGACUAUGAAUUCGCCCACAAGGAGAUACUUGCAGUUCAAGAAGCAAAACUCAAAGCUGAACUGGAAGAUGCAAAGUACAAGGCAAUGAAAGAGCUGGAAGAAGCAAAACGUGAAGCAGAAGCUCGCCUGAUGAUUCAACGCUCCGACUAUGAAAAGCAAUUACAACAGCUUGGACAGACCUUGGAACAACACAAAGAUGCCCUUUUCAAUGAGCGUAAAGAGAAGCAUCAGUUGGAAGUUCAGAAGACGGCAUUGGAGGCAGAAAUGAACCGGCAGCUAAGCAGCACAAGGCCAGCAUCCCCACCUGCAGUUGAGGUCACCCUUCAUCGCAGCCGCUUCAUUGAGGAGCUGGAGGCACUUCUGAACACUUCUAUGAAUGCCUUAGAAAAUGAUACCAACUGCACAUCACCUGGCACAUCAAUGAGCUUCAAUGAUAGGUAUCCUUACAGCUCAACAAGCUUACAUGAAAUGCAAAUGCAAGUCAGAGAAGCCUCCCAACGUUGCAAGGAACUUGGUAUUCCUUAUGAUUUUCAACAGCAGCAUGUUGUUCGAGAGUCGGGUCUUGAACCUGUCAUCCGAGUUCGUGAUCACUCCCAAAAAAUGUCAGUAUUGUGGACCCCUGCAACCUUUGGUGCUUGGUUAGACCGCUUGCGGGACUGGGACCCUGAGGAUAGUGUUGCAGCAUUAAUUUCUGGGUUCGAAGACGGCUCUGAAGAAGUUUGGGAAGCUGAUGAAAGUGAGGUGACGGCUGAUGAGGUUGAUGGGAACAUCACUGUAAACACCUUGCCCAUACGCCGAAAGAUGAAUGAAAGCCUCCAGCAAUCCUUGGUAGAGUCUCCCCUGGAGUCACGCAAAAGUCCAGGUUUUGAGUCCACAGAAGCGCAGCAAUAUUUGAAAGAUAUUGAAAAGGCCACCAAGCAACUAAAAAAUCUUCUUAGCCGAGGCACUGGUAGUCGCACACCACUUAAAUGUGUGAAUAAUCUGGAAGAAGCUGUUACUCAACUCAAAAACAGUCUGAAGAGAGAAACUUCUCUCUUUUCUAAGUCUCCUAAUGGUAUCAGUACCCCACAAAGUAGCAAGUCUGUCCGAUUCUUUGAUGGCCUUGUGAAAUCAUGACUGAAUGCAAUGCUGCAUAGUGCUUUUAUGGCUAAAACAGAUUCUGCACUACCAUAUCUGGGCAGUUUUGAUAAACAUGUUGAUAUUGUAAAUUUUGUAUAUAGAAAGUAUGGAAGUGCAAAAUCUGUUGCACUGUGUGGCAUUGCUGUUGUUGUAAUAUGUCUUUUCAUAGUCAAGAAAAAGUAGGUACCUUAUUGUGGUCCUUUGUUACUAUUUUUCUUCAGAGCUGCUUUUUAUGUUAUCUUAUCUUUAAUGACUUGUUAUGGCUUAUGUCUAUCCCUUGACUGUUUCUUAAUUGUUUCCCUGUUUAUCUGGACAGUCACUGUCCAUCCAAAGCAACUGAAAUUUAUCUAGGACAUAAUGACAUAUUCAUGUAGACUUCUUAAUCUCUCUCCUACCUUUUGUAGAAUCUGACAAGUAUUUUACCUAUUUUACUUAGUGUUUCUUUUUGUUUUAUUGCCUUUUUAAUUUUAUGCGCUAUGUGGUUAGUUUGGUGUUUGUCUCCUAGGGUAUUGGUAAUUUCUACCAUUUGUAAUUGAGCAGUGUACUAGUCUCAUCCAAUUUUCAUUGCAUCUAUAUGUUUAUUUUUUCUCAACAUAGCACCAAUUGUACUGAAAAUUAUCUCAUUAUUAAAUUGUGUUUUAAUCAA